AUGUGUUUCCAGGUAGAAACAGCUCCACCCUACCUAGAAGAGGAGGAGGUGGAUUGAAACAAGGCGGAAGAGGAAGCUACAGGUGGCAGCACGUGACCCAUGAGGAUGGUGCGGUGGUGAAAGUCUUCCGGGUCGCGUGUCUGAUUCUGUAAACAAACACAAACAUGAGGACACAGGCAGUUUUGUAACGCCCUCUAACUACAGAAACAUUUUUUUUUUCUUUAUCUUCCGGGAUUAACGUGGAGCAGAUUUACUCUCCGCGACCAUGUUGUUUCUCCGGACUCCUGUUCUCAGCUGCAGAGCUCUGACCGCUCUGCGCUGCCUGUUCCCCGGCUACACCGCCUCCAGAAGCUCCGCUACAUAUGUUCAGGGCCAGAGUCCUGAGCCUCGCAUCCGAGAGUAUUUCUACUACAUUGACCAUCAAGGACAGCUUUUCCUCGAUGACACUAAAAUGAAGAACUUUGUCACCUGCUUCAAAGACAAACAGUUCCUGGUCUUCUUCUUCAGCCGUCUACGUGCGAAUGAGAGCGGGCGCUACGAGGAGGACUUUCCCUUCCUGUCCCUGUGUGGCAGGGAGAGGAACUUCCUGCGCUGCGAUGACCGACCUGUGGUCUUCACCCACCUGCUGCAGAGCAUCGCAGGGCAGCAGGGAACUACAGGAGACCAGGAGCAGCUGUCGUACUGUGGCGGUGCAGAGAAGCUCUCCGUACCCUUCCGCCCGGAGGCGCUCUACAUGCAUCCUGUUAGUGGGCGGGUCUAUCACCCCUGCCCGGAGCGCUCAGGAGGUGUCGGCCUGAUCAGGUCCACUUUGGCAAUCGAGCUCAGCCCCUUCUUCGUUUAUCCACCAGAGAGCACCCUAUCAGGACAGCCGACACAUUUUUUCUGGGGAGGACAGAAGCGCACGCUAACCAAUGAGCUUGCAGGAUAUUUCCCCCCAACAGCGGAAGGUGGCGAGCAGCAGGGAGAGCUCAGAUAAGGACCAUAACUGCUCUUAGAUGUAUGCUAGUAUCUGAGUCCCUGAAAUGCUCACAGAACACCAACACCUUCCUUUCAUUUAUGUGGGCUUUAAAUAAGUUCUGUAAUUCAGUCCCAGGUUAGUACGCCAUCCCAUCUGAACCAUCAAAUUAAGUUCACAGACUUUUUUUACUUCCUGCAAAUACAGCAGUCUCUGCUUCCUUAUUUCAGGUUGGAGCAUAUUUCAAUGAUGAGUUUGAUUUAAAUCCCAUUCCGAGCUCCAAACAGACAAAUUUACUCAGAAGGUCAAAAGUUUACAUCAAGUAAACAAUUUCUACUAGUCCUGUGAUCCAAACGUGUUAGAUAUAUAUAGUGAAACAGUGGUGGAUUAAUCUCAGAAGGAGAAUAAGGGGGUAAAAAAGGACAAGACACCAAUGAGCUGCCUGGAGACGUUAACAGCAGAGACUCCUGAUUUUGUGGUAAACAGGCGAGUUUGCCCUCAACUAAGAGAAAAGAAAUAAAUAGUUCCAACAGUCUUUGGAACUAAAUUCCCAGAGGACACAGUAUGACGUGCAAGGUGAUGUAAAAUAGUGACUUUAUUUAAAAGUUGCAUUUUUGUUGAAUAAUGACCCAGAAAAAUCGAAACUGUGGAAAACAGUGGAAAGAUUUGAAACUGCAGCAGCACUUUUCUCAGGAAGAAAAAGAAAAC